UCAUUCCUGUUUCAUUUACAUAUUUCUCUUUCUUUCUCUCUCUCCUUUCUCUCUCUCUCCCUUUUCAGACUUCAGAGUUUGAGAGAAAGAAAGAACAAGUUUGGGUUUUGUUCACUUUUAACACAGCUUCAAUCUCUCUGAACCCACCUGAAGUUUUUCUCCAUUUCUUCUCUCUUCUGUGUUUUGUUCCUUUUUUUUCAUCACUUUUUAAAUUCUUCUAUUUGGUUUCUUGCCAGUUUCCAAGAGAGCUUCCAAAUCCCAGAUCCUCUGUUUUCCUUCUUUGGUCAUCCUUUCCCCUGUUUUUUCUUACUUUUUUACUUUCUCUCUAGAUUCGGAUCUGACCACUAAGGAUUUAGUUGGUAAAAGAGGUUUUAUAUCCUUCACACAACAACUCUCAAAGAUCGAAUCUUUUUCCUUCUUCUUCUUCUUGUCCUUAGAGUCUGGAAAACAAAAACAAAAAAAGCAGCUCGCUUUAUAUCUCCUCCUUAGAUUCUUCAAAGCUUUAUAUGCUUAUCUCUCAGAUUCCAUUCCAUAAAAAUGCCAUUUUGACAGAUCAAAGUCUCUCUCUCUCUCUCUCUCUCUUUUAAGCUCCACCAUUUGCUAAGAACAUUUCUUUUCUUUUCCUAAAUUCGAAUCAACAAUCGUUGAAAAAACAUGAACAGAGGAAUCGAAGUUAUGUCACCAGCAACAUAUCUAGAGACAUCAAACUGGCUGUUCCAAGAGAACAGAGGAACCAAAUGGACAGCUGAAGAAAACAAGAAAUUCGAAAACGCUUUAGCCUUCUACGACAAAGAUACACCAGACAGAUGGGUCAAAGUCGCUGAUAUGCUCCCCGGGAAAACCGUGGGAGAUGUGAUCAAACAAUACAGAGAGCUCGAAGAAGACGUCAGCGAUAUUGAAGCAGGUCUUAUCCCAAUCCCCGGCUACGCUUCUGAUUCGUUCACGCUCGAUUGGGGUGGCUACGAUGGAGCUGCUGCAGCUGGUAACAAUGGGUUUAACAUGAACGGUUAUUACUUCUCUGCUACCGCCGGAGGAAAGAGAGGAUCCGCUGCUCGAACGGCGGAGCAUGAGAGGAAGAAAGGUGUCCCAUGGACAGAAGAAGAACACAGACAAUUUCUGAUGGGUCUGAAGAAAUAUGGAAAAGGAGAUUGGAGAAACAUAGCUCGCAACUUCGUGACCACACGGACGCCAACGCAAGUCGCGAGUCACGCUCAGAAGUAUUUCAUAAGGCAAGUCAACGGUGGCAAAGACAAACGCCGAUCAAGCAUCCACGAUAUCACCACCGUCAACAUUCCUGACUCUCCUGACGCAGCAGCCACCGAUAACGUAACCGCAAAUGCACCAUGCUCGCCGCCAUCAGUAGGAGGAAGCCAGCAGGAGGCGUCGGAGUGGGAUGGUCAACCGCUUUACGAUGAAACAGCGGCUGCGUUUUAUAACCAAAACGGGUUUCAGGAAACGCUACUUGGAAUGUCCUCGACGCCGUACAUGGCAAAACUUCAGGAGCAGAGUUUUCUGAACGCAUCGCAAUUCGGAUCGUACAAUGCGUAUCUCCAAAUGUAGCACAAGGUGAAGAUCUCGGAGAAGUUAUUUUACUACGAGUUAAUAAUCAUUAAUAUUUUUUUUUGCUAUUUCGCUUUUCUUAAUUCGCGUGCAUAUACAAAAAAAAAAUAGCUGCUAUUUUUUUUUCGAAGAUACUAUUUGUUGUUUUGCUUACCCUAUUUUUUUCGUGGUUGAUUCAACGAGUUUUCAACAAGUUAAUUAGGUUUUGUUAUUUUCAUUACUAAGUGAUUAUUUGUGUGAUUUGGAACUCAUAUGAGCUCAAAUGGUUUAUGAUAAUUUAUACUGUGUCAUGUAGGCGUUUAUUACAA